AUGAAAGGUUGGUUCCUUCUAUGCAUCCUUUCACUCAAGGGUCCUUUCUUUCUCGAUCCUCCUUCCUGCCAGCCUCACCGCUGCUGCCUGUUGCCAGAUGUUAAUCUCUCCUUUUCUCUUUAUUUCUCCAGUUUAGUUUCUUUCUUCAAACACUUUCUUGUUUUUCCCUGCCUCUCAUUCCUUUAUAAUCUCUCUCUCUCUCUCUCUCUCUCUCUCUCUCUCUCUCUCUAUCUAUCUAUCUAUCUAUCUAUCUCUGUCGUUCUUUCUGUCGGUUUCUCUCUCUUCCUUUCUUUCUUUCCUAUUUUAUCCAAUCUUCUCUCAUUCCUGCUCUACAUUUUUUCGUUCUUUUCUUCUCUCUCGUUUAGUUGUUUCUCUUUUCUCUCUCUCUCUCUCUCUCUCUCUCUCUCUCUCUCUCACACACACACUCUCUCACUCUCUUUCUCUAGUUCUAUUACUCUUUCUUUGCCUACACAUUUUCCUUUUCAGGGUUUCUUUACUUCUUUCCACUCUCUCUUCAACAUUUUCUUGCUUUCUCUCCCUCUCGCAUUCUCUCUCUCCCGCUCGCAUUCUCCAUCUCUCUCUCUCUCUCUCUCUCUCUCUCUCUCUCUCUCUCUCGGAUUAUUCAUUCGCUCAUUUUAUUUCUCUUCUCAUCCACAAUCACCAUAA